UGAAGUUUCAAACAGUGUUUUUUCAAUUAUGGAUAAAACAAACCAAACCGAAGAUCACAAAAUAUUUUUAAGAAAACUCAGACAAAAAGGCAAAGCACUGACUGAUUUUCGUGUGUCUGUUAAUAAGUUACAAGAUGUGGCUUCUUCAAAAGGAUUGGAUGAAGAUACUCUCAAAUUGCUGUUGGAUGUGUUGAAACGUGCAGACUUGAGCGUACAAAAUUGUGUCAUUUUGAUUAAGUGUAUGAUACCAAGAGAAAAAUUGAGUGAUAUUUUAGCCAGACAAAUCAUAACAUGGUUCUUAACGCUUUCUGUCUCCGUGACAGCUCUAAAUACAUUACUGCAAUGGUUCAUUGGUUGUUUGGAAUACCAGUUGAUCAACAAAAAUUCCUUGUAUAUAUUUUAUGAUCCAUUCUUUUUCAUCAUGAUUAAAGAAGUAAAAUUACAGUCUCGGUUAGCUCAAUUAAUUUAUUUAUUAACAAAACCAGAAGAUGUUACUAGAAGACAAGUAUCUAGAUUGUUAAAGAUUAAGGAAAUUAAUGGAAGGCCGCAAAAGCAUUUAAUAGCAUUGUUACUCUUAUUUAAAUCAUACAAACCAGAGUUUGUACCAGAAGAAGUCCCAGCUAUCAAUGUACAAAGUAUAUGGGCAGCAAUACCGGAAAUUUUAAGACUUGGCUUUGAAGAUGCAAGGGACCGUACAACUUUGCAGCAAAGUCAUACAACGGAUGAAUUCAAUUGUAAGUGGACGAUAUUUCCUAUUGGCCGGACAAAGAAAAAUCAGGAGCCUCUUAUUCCAUCCAUUGGAUAUUUCAAUAUUGGCUCUAGCAUAUUCAAUGAAAAAACAGAAAGGUCAAUUUUUGAUGUGUCUAGUUACAUCCAACUCGGGCAGUAUCAUUUUGACAUAAAAUUGCCAUCCAAAGCAACAUCAUUGUUGUCAAACUCGAUUGGCUAUCACCUUUUAACCUACGCAGAUGUUGGAUAUCAACAAAGGUUUAUGUAUAAUUUGUACUACACAUUGUGGAAAUCAUUUAUAUAUGAAAAUGGUGGUCACUCUAAUGAAGAAAUGAAUAAAAUCUUAGACAUGACCAUAGAGUUUUCAAAAUAUAUGCAACACGGUAUUUCAAUAGUCAAUUAUUUUAUAAAUGAAUAUUUAUCCUGUUACAUGGAUGAACAUCACGUCAAGUUGUUGCCCUUAAUGCAGUGGAGUACAGUUUUAACAACAGAAUUACAAGAUUAUGUGUUAAAGCAUAUGAAAUUGAUGUUCCACUCUUCAUCCUUGAGCGACAAAAUUAAAAUAAUGAAGACAGUUAAACUACUAUUGGUGAAUUUGUUUGUUGCAAAUAACGAUCUUUUCAAAGAUAAAUAUUUUCCUUUUUUAGGACAAAGUUUUGAUGGUAAGCUGAUAGAAAAUAUGCAAAUCAUUUGUAAAUUUUCCAAAGAAUUAAUCAUGUCUGCUAUCAAUAUUCACCAUUACGAUUUGAGUUUGCUUUCCGAAGCACUAUCCUUUUAUGAACAAGUUCACUUACUAGAAGUUUAUAAUGGUAUGAAUAUUACUUUGGCCCCCUCAGCUGUCAUAUAUGGCUGUUUUGUAACUAAAAGCUGUGCCUUAUUAUCAAGAGUAUGCUCUCUGCUACUGCAAUAUAGAAAAUGUUUUAAAGAAAACAAAAAUCGUGCCUCUGCGAGAAAUAUUAAAUCGCUCAUUAUAUAUGCGGAAGAUCUUGUAAGUGCCUUGUGGUAUGACAAAUGUUUCAGCGACAGAUCUGCAAAUAACCGAUACUUUUUGAAACUUUUGUCCGAUGAUGCGAUAGACAGUUGUCAACUGACUGACAUCGAUAGCUUGUUAAAUAUAAAACAUCAUUAUGCUGUUCUUCCAUAUGUGUAUACAUUAAAUACCAGUGGGUUGCUCAUUAAAUCCAAAAAAGAUGCAAACAGUGUGGCAGCUCAAUAUUAUGGUCACAUAAGUCAAUUCAUAACUGCUCUUUUAGGAAACUAGAAUUAAAUGAAUGUUGUAAUAUAAAUCAGAUUUCUAUAGAAAGUGUUGCUAUGAAACUGAAUCAGAGCAUUGAUUCACGAUUUGAUUAGAAAGAACAUUAAAUUAAAUUACAUCUGUGAAAUAAA